GGGAAAAACACAGGUAACAGCUGGAUAGCAUUAGCGUAGCACAGCCAGGAUCCUACUAGUCUUUAACACUGCCGUUUACACGGUAAAACAUCGAUAUUUUCUUGUAAUGUCCUGUUAGAAAUUGCGACAACUUUUGUAAACAACUAAGAGCGCCUUUAAUAUAACACACACACACACACAAAAAACAAUAACGCUUGGGUUUUAGCGCCUUUAACCUUUGUGGUAAAGUUAGUCCUCUGUUUGCGGUAUUUAAGUUAUUAGCGACACACACUCAUGUGCUUUACGAAGAAACUACUAGAAAAAUGUUUAGUACCUCAGUCUUUUCUUGCAAAUUAAGAAAAAAAAAUUGAAGUUACAAGAUGAGUGGAAAUCAUAGACGGAUAGAAAUGGACCUGGCUUUUGGAUCAUCGUCAAAGUCUUAUGGGUCAUCCAGAAGUAUUGUCAGAAGAAUUGCCACAAAUCUUCCCUUAGCGCCCUGCCCUCGUGUCCAUUUUCAGCUUCAUCCAUUCACUGCAGGAGCAAGUUUCCUCAACAGUUCAAAUGGGCCAAAUGGACUUGUGGUCACACUCAGUGAUGUGGGCUGGAUGGACAGAGAAGAGAGCGAUGGCGCUGGCAGAAACAGGUUUGAGACAGAUUCUGGGUUGUUUUUCCGUACCCAGCAGUGCAGACCCCUGAGACGUCAGCGGUCAUUACCCAGCGUGCACCAGGCUGAACCUGCACCACAGAGUCAGACGAUCAUCAACGAUGAAGCCAUUCAGAAAAUCAGUGCUCUGGAGACUGAGCUGGCCAAACUCAGAGUGCAAAUCGCACAGAUCGUUCAGGCACAGGAGCACAGCGCUCAAUCCACAGUUUCAGCUCCAGCGCCUGGUGGUCCCCAUGUGCCCCAAGCGCCACCAAUGACUCCAGUUCCUCCUCCACCACCUCCUCCUCCAUGCCCCGGCAUGCAGAGGAGCUAUUCCGCCAUUGAUCUCAUCCGAGAGCGGCGUGGGAAAAAGAUUGAAGAGAAGACCGUACUGGACUCGGCACCUAAAAAGACAGAGCUUCCCAACAUGCUAGACGUACUCAAAGACAUAGGCAAAGUGAAGCUGCGCUCAGUUAAGAGUCAUCAAGUGGACACAAAACCAAAACCUGUUGAGCCCACAGACGCUGCAGCAUUAAUCGCAGAGGCCCUGAAACGCAAGUUCGCUCACCGCUACCGGAGCGAUAGUGAAUGUGAUGGCAACUUUAACUUGAUAGAUCCUGAGAAUAAGACCCAUGUAGAAACACCAGAGUUUGGACAGCAUAUGUUAAAAUCAACUGGAAGGAGGAAACUGUACUAGGAUGGAGCAACUCAUCUGAGCAGGUUAAUGUAGUUAACCUGAUGUCUCGUAAUUUUCAAAAACCGGCUAACUUUUCUUGUUAGCCCUCAAAAUGUUGUUAGUGUUCAUUUAGGUGAGCAUGCAAAUGCCAAACACUAUGCAGUCAAUAUGGUUUCCCUAUUGGAUAUCUAUGUAAUUUUGCACUUUGAAAAGUUCAACUCUAUCAAUGCAUCUUGUACAAAAGCCAGUCCCAUCAUUAAUGCCAGUUAUGUGAGAAAUGCCUUCUUUUUGUUGGGUUUUAUGUAUGAUUUUAUAUGUGGAUUUAUUUGGAUCUGUUGGAAGGUCAACAGUGCAAGUAUUCAACCUUGCUGGAUUCCUCUCAUUUGAAGGGAUAACGUUAAAUGAAAACACCAAAGUGUAUGGAUUGUUCUUUAUCAGUAGUUUUAUGUGUAUUUUGAACACCUGUUUGCACAGAAGUUGUCUACUUCAAAGGUACAGUUCAUACUUUUUGUUUUAGUUACUUCAGGCUUUUCUGUCAUGUAACCACUAUAGCAAUUAUGAACCACACUUUUGUGAUCAUAAAUAAGGUUUAGAUGGUGCUGUCAGUAGUUGAAGAAUUCUUUAAUGAGAGCUCAUUUAAAAUCCUUUUAAGCUUCUAAUUUAUUAUUUUGGAACAUUUACAUGAUAUGGUUCUGGAAGUAAUGUAGUUAUUUAACCAGUUUAAUAAAUACUUGAAUAAUGUAGUUUUGUUUGUCUAUGACGUAUCAAGCUUGCUAUCUUUAGUCCAGUGCCGUUUAAUUAGACUUCAGUCUAUCAGCAGAAUAGUUUGACAGUGUUUGUACCUUUAAAAUGUCUGUAUUUUUGCACAUAUAACAAAAAAAUGUCUGCUGCGCACCAAAAGUCAGUGCAUUUGAAUUAUAUUACAGUACAGGAUUUCUAAUUUCAAAGAUUUAUACUGGAUUUAAUGUCCAGCACAUAGGAAGAGUACCUCAGAAUUGAAGGGAAUCUCUUAGUUGAGACAUAUUUUUGGUUUUAUUAUAGGUUGUGAUCAUUUUUCUAAAUGAGUUGAUUUUAUUUCACACUACAGAACCAUUUUUAAUGGACUUUCAUUUCUUGAAUAAACCUAAAACUGUCAAUCUGUGUCUUCAUUUCUGUAUUGAGGCUUCUAUUUGGCUACAUUUUGACACACUCAUCACAUGAUUAAGUUCAUAUAGAACAGCAUGACUGCAUGCUAUCCGGUAGAGAAACAUUUUGUGAGGUUUUAUUCAUCAAAAAUGCAACUGCAACAAGUAUGUAUCAAAAGGUUAUACGGCAAAGCCUUUACAAAAUGGCUUGACACAUAGGUCGUCUCCCCAAAAUGGCUGUUACAACAAACUGUAAACAGUUUUUUUUUCUUAAAUCAACAGUCUUACAGCACUU